AUGGUAGAGUUAUCUGAUUAUCAACGUCAAGAAAAAGUGGGAGAAGGAACCUAUGGGGUUGUUUAUAAAGCAUUAGAUACCAAACAUAAUAAUAGAGUUGUUGCAUUAAAGAAGAUUCGAUUAGAAUCGGAGGAUGAAGGUGUACCUAGUACCGCCAUUAGAGAAAUCUCUUUAUUAAAAGAAAUGAAAGACGAUAAUAUAGUUCGGUUAUAUGAUAUCAUUCAUUCCGAUUCUCAUAAAUUAUAUUUAGUAUUUGAAUUUUUGGAUUUAGAUUUAAAGAAAUAUAUGGAAAGCAUUCCUCAAGGAGUUGGACUAGGGGCUAAUAUGAUAAAAAGAUUUAUGAAUCAAUUAAUUCGAGGUAUUAAACAUUGCCAUUCUCAUCGAGUUUUACAUCGUGAUUUGAAACCACAAAAUUUAUUAAUUGAUAAAGAAGGGAAUUUAAAAUUGGCUGAUUUUGGAUUGGCUCGAGCAUUUGGGGUUCCGUUAAGAGCAUAUACCCAUGAAGUUGUCACUUUAUGGUAUCGAGCCCCGGAAAUUUUGUUAGGAGGGAAACAAUAUUCUACUGGUGUAGAUAUGUGGUCUGUGGGAUGUAUAUUUGCCGAAAUGUGUAAUAGGAAACCAUUAUUCCCUGGGGAUUCCGAAAUUGAUGAAAUUUUCCGAAUUUUCCGAAUUUUGGGGACCCCAAAUGAAGAGAUUUGGCCCGAUGUCAACUAUUUACCUGAUUUCAAACCAAGUUUUCCUCAAUGGAAGAAAAAACCAUUGAAUGAAGCCGUCCCCAGUUUGGAUGCAAAUGGAAUUGAUCUUUUGGAUCAAAUGUUGGUGUAUGAUCCAAGUAGAAGAAUAAGUGCCAAACGUGCAUUAAUUCAUCCUUAUUUUAAUGAUAAUGAUGAUCAUGAUCACAACAAUUAUAAUGAAGAUAAUAUUAGAAUCGACAAACACCAAAACAUGCAAUGA